AUGUCUAGCAAACACUAUUUCCCUUCUACGAGUGCCAAUUCAUUGGUUCCAAGAGCACUACGUGCACUGGUAUCUGCCAAUAGCCACUUAACCCUGAACUACACGGAAAGGGUUGUUGCAAACGCCUUCCAUGAUGAUUCGAAAGUGAGCAUCAUCAGUGGAGGAGGAUCGGGACAUGAACCUGCAUGGAGUGGUUAUGUUGGUGAUGGCAUUCUAUCGGCCGUGGCAUGUGGUGACAUCUUUGCCUCACCGAGCGCGAAGCAAAUCUUGACUGCCAUUCGCAUGGCACCCUCCAAAAAGGGUAUCAUCCUGUUAAUCACAAACUAUACUGGAGACCGACUUCACUUUGGUCUUGCUGCGGAAAGAGCUAAGGCUGAAGGACUAGUUGAGAAUAUCACCAUUCUCCGUGCGACUGACGAUGUUUCGAUUGGGCGGAGUAAGAACAGUCGAAUGGGGAGAAGAGGUCUUCCGGGACAUGUUUUCACAAUGAAAAUCAUUGGUGCAGCCGCCGCAGAUGGAUACUCCUUUGAUCAAUGCCUCGCGCUUGGGCAAGCAGUCAAUGGAAACACUGUCACCAUUGCCUCGGCUCUUGAUCAUUGUCAUGUCCUGGGCAGACAACAGCAAUCCUCAGUUCCAGAUAACGUGGUUGUUAUUGGUGCUGGUAUCCACAAUGAGCCCGGUCAACUUCAUGUUUCCCCAGCUCCAUCAGUUGAAGAGAUUAUUGAGCGGUGUCUCAAGCUUCUUCUUAACGAGGGCGACUCAGAGCGAUAUUUCACCAAGUUCAAAACAGGGGAUGAGGUUGGCUUGCUGGUCAAUAACUAUGGCGGUCUCUCGGUCCUUGAACUAUCUGCCUUGGCCGAUGAGAUCCAGAUCCAGCUCGGCUCACGAUGGAAUAUCACACCCUGCAGAGCGACUUUCGGUGCAUUCGAGACAUCUCUCAAUGCACCCGGAUUUUCUAUUUCACUAUGCAACUUGACUGCCGCAGCAAAGCAGGUCAAGGAGCCUGUUGCUACUUUGAUCCGCCAAUUUGAUAGUUCCACAACAGCUGUCUCAUGGCCAAACACCACUCGGCCUUCGCCUUCCCAGAGCAGAGUCACGUACGAUCAUGUUGACUCUAUCACAACUCCACAAGAAACUGCACACGCAAAGAUAAGCUUUGACCCCCUGCGACUCAAGAAUGGAAUCACAGUUGCAUGUGACCGGCUCAUUAUUGCUGAGCCAAAAUUGACUGAGUGGGACAUGGUCAUGGGCGAUGGAGAUUGCGGUGAAGCUGUGAAAGGCCUAGCCGAAUCUAUCAUGAAAAGAAUAGCUCAAGGCUGCACCGAAUCUGGGAAUGUUCUUGAAGUAAUUCAUUCCAUUCUACAAGCAGUUGACGAUAUGGGUGGUACCCUUGGUGCAAUUUUUGGGGUUCUACUAUCAGCCUUAUCCACUGCUCUGAAGCGAAACUUGGCCGAAGGAAAGAUCAGUCCCCAAACACCAGAGUUCUAUGCGACUGCUCUCGAUUCUGCGGUCACCUCGUUGAAAUCGCACACUGGAGCCCGAGAAGGUGACCGAACCGUCAUGGAUGUUUUACUCCCUUUCAACGAUGGAUUUUUGAAAUCUAAGAGCCUCUUUUCAGCGAUUGGGGUUGCUGCUAAGAAGGCAGAGGGUACAAGAUAUCUUAAAGCGAAGUUUGGUCGUGCAACAUAUGUCGGAGAUGAUUCUAGUCAGGAAUUACCUGAUCCGGGUGCUUGGGCCUUUUAUGAAAUUGUUACAGGGUUGGCUGAUGGACUUGGGUUGAUCCCAAACUAA